UCUUUAUGCUUGUACACAGGAAGUGGUUAAGCUGUACCACACACCACAGCUCAUUGACUCAGUUAGUCAGUCAGUCAGUCAGUCGUUAGAGGGACAGGAUGAAGUGCAGUCCACUCCUUGUAAUGUUCUUGCUGAUCGUGUGUAUACGAGUGCCACGUGUCCGAGGGAAAUCGAAAGCUGUGGUUUUGAUAAAGCCUGAUACACAUGUGUUCAGAGGAGAGAGAGUCCGUUUUAGAUGUGACAUAAAGGAAAGAGAAGACAUUGAGUGGACCUACAGCUGGUAUAAGAAUAAUAAGACACUCCACACAGAGGAAAAAAACCAGAUCUUUACAGACAGCACAAUGCAGGAGUUCGGCAUCAGUUCUAUAAAGGACUCGGACAAUGGGAGCUACGCCUGCAGAGGACACCGGAAUGACUCUCAGACUUCAGAUGUCAGUGAUGAUGUUAUACUGACCGUAUCAGAGAAAGCACAUGUAAUACUGAGAGUAUCUCCACAGAGCUGGCUGACCGAAGGAGAUUCUGUGACUCUUAGCUGUGAGGUUAGAAACUCCUCUCUAGGCUGGACAUUCAGCUGGUACACAGCCGUUCCUUACAGACAAAUACGAAACAGUCGUGGUGAUAUUGUUUAUGGAAACUUAUAUACACUCAGUCCUGCUACUCUCAACCACACUGGAGUUUAUGUGUGCGAAUCAAAGAGAGGAGAUUCAAGCUAUUACAGAAGUUCCAGCAACCAACAGCCAAUAUGGAUCACUGGUAAAUCUCCUCCAGUCUCUCUGAUCAUCAAACCCAACAGAGCUCAACACUUUACAAAAGGCUCCCUCUCACUAAGGUGUGAGGACCUGAGUAACUCUACUAGAUGGACCGUGGGACGGUACACACAGAGAGAGGCGGAGCCAGACUGUGUAUGGUGGGGAUUAGUUACAGAAUCUACUUGUAAAAUCAACUCCCUCUCCACAUCCGACUCUGGAGUGUACUGGUGCGAGUCUGAGUCUGGAGGCAUCAGUAAUCCUGUUAACAUCACAGUGCAUGAUGGUGAUGUGAUCCUGGACAGUCCUGUCCAAUCUGUAAAUGAGGGACAUAAUAUAAUUCUUUACUGCUUAUAUCGUAACACAAACUCCCUAAACCAACAAGCUGAUAUCUAUAAAGAUGGAUCAGUCCUCCAGAACCAGAUUACAGGCGAGGUGAUCGUCUAUAAUGUCUCAGAGUCAGAUGAAGGUAUCUACCACUGUAAACACCCAGACAGAGGAGAGUCUCCAAAAAGCUGGGUCUCAGUCAGACGUCUAUCACAUGUACAAGCUCCAUUCUCAGUCCUCAUGCUGAUCAAUAACAUAGUGAAAGGCUCUCUGUAUCUGCUGGUCACCAUCAUUCUGCUGGUCAAAUGUUACAAAGCUCGGGGUCACAGUAAUGAAGACAGGAUGGAGAACAGAGUCGAAGAGGACUGAUUUCAGCUAAUACUGAUCACUGAUCUUUGUCAUGUUAGCAUCAAAGGAGCUUAGCAUUUGUACACACUUCCUUGUUCUAACUGGAUUUGUUCAGCCUGUGAGCGUUCCUUACGAGGUGAACGUUAACGAGCAUGUAGUGUGGAAUGAAGCUGACGUGCUGCUAAUGCUAACUGCUAAGUAGUAGUUAGCAAAGUGACUGACUCUCCUUAUUGCCUCAAGGUACUGAGGCUUAAUGAAACUUAAUGGAACUCCACAUAUUCUAGAGGUUAUUAGAACAGCAAAAGAGCCCCGAAUGUGGAAUGGCAUGUUCACUUGGUCCACAAACUUAUGUCCAUAGAGUGUUAGCUGGGAUACUGACUUUGUGCUUUCAAACUAUUUGAUAGGUUGAUGUAUUGGACUGAUGCAUUGCUGUUGAUAUCCGCCAUAAUUGAUUCUUAAAAUAGCAGGCUCCUCACAUUAAUCUUCAGUUGCCAGGCACCGUGGAAUGCUUUGACAGGAAACCUUCUAUAGAACCCACUGAUUUAUAAUACAACUGUUCCUUUUGUACCUCACCAACAGGGUAAUAAUAAUAACAUCAUUAGAUGUGGUCAGACCAUGGUUGUUUAUCUCUAUGUGCACUUUUAGGCAGUGAUAAAUGAUUUCAUGCAGACAAUAUGGGCUUACCAUGAAGAUCCAACGAUCAUUUAGACCUCAUGCUCAUUAAUAUGCUAAUCAAACAACUGGAUACUUUUUUACUUUUUUACUUAGAUAAAAAUAAAUGAAUAAAAAAAAAAUAAUCUCUGAUGGAAUGGGGUGCAUUAGUGCAUACAGAAUGGGCAGACUGCACAUCUGGAAAGUAUCUAUCAAUUCUAAAAGGUAUAUACAGGUCUAGAGCAACAAAUGCUUCCGUCCAGAUGGCUUUUUUAAGUGCAGGCCUUUAGUAUAACUUCAUAGUAAAAGAGUCCAGGUGCUGAACUGGCCUGCCUGCAUUCCAGAUCUUUUACCAUUAAAAAACAUUAGUACAUCAUGAAACAAAAAAUACAACAAAGGAAACCCAGGACUGUUGAGCAGUUUGACAUUAAUGGGACAACAUUACUCUUUCAACUGGUUCCUGUAGUUCCCAGACAUUUAUUACAUUUAGGCUGUUGUUGAAAGGAAAUUGGAUGCUAUACAAUGGUAAACAUGACCCUGUCCCAAAUUUUCUGAGACAAUUUCUGGCCAAUAAAUUAAAAAUUACCUUAUUUUUUUUCCAAAGUUUUUUUCCCCCACAAUUUAAGCUUUUGAUAUGUUUUCUAUCUUUGAUUGUAAAUAAAAUAUGAGUUUGUCUGCUUGAAGCAUGAGCAUAUAAUAAACUGUUCAUUCAAUUAUUUUUUUUUGGUGUGAACUUUUCUCUUUUUGGAUAUUUUGCAAUUGAUUAUUGAUAUUUCUAAUCUUUGUUAGUUGAAAAAAAGGUUGUAAACACUGCACUCUAGUGGCGUCACUUCGUGGGUGCAUUGUGGGUGAUGUAGUUUAUGGACAAUGUACUCUUUAAAUCAGCAUAGACCUUAUUUGAGACAAUCAGGCACAUUUAAAGCUCCAACAUGUCUUGAGUUUGAUAAAUGUGCCUUAGGGCAUCCUUGUGAUAAGUCUUUCCCAGAUAAGCCACACCCACAUGAAAAGAAAAAAUAUAUAUAAGCUUGUAUGUAAUGUAAUUUACAGACCAGGCCACCUUUUUCAAAUUGCUUUAUGGAUCAGUUUUGGUGUCCAUUGUAGGUAAGGUGUACAGGAGUUAACAUGGGCUACAUGGCUUCAUACACAGCAAACUCUGAUGCUCUGUCCUGAUUUAUUUUUAUCAGAGCCAACAUCAACAUUUUCAACUGAUUUACUCUGUAGGAUUGGACCAGAGAUUCUAGCCUUCACUUCUCUGGUUCUCCAGGUGUUCUUGUUGGAGCACUUUUGGUAGAUAUAAAUCACUGCAUAUUGGAAUAAACCUCAAAAGACAAAAGUCUUUGGAGCACCAUUGACAAGGUUCAAAUUAUGAUGUCUAGACGGCUGGACAGUCACAUUAUAUUGUCUAGACUUGCAGACAUCAUAAUUCUGCAAUAGCUGCUCUUAUACUCACAGUUAGAAGGUUAUUAAGGUAACCUGAUUAAGUUAUUAUUAUCAGGGUGGGCUGGGUCUAGUGGGUCUACUGUAGUGGGUUGGGUCUACUGUAGUGAUGCACCCAGGAGCGUUCUCUUUGUUGUUGUUGAUUAUUAUUGUGUUUUAUUGAACAGAUCCAACGAUUAGAACAAACCUAUACAGUAAUGCGUGUGCGUGUUUUUCAGCGGUUCAGUGUAGUUCUGCAGCCCAGGUCAUUUACACACAAAAAUUAAAUAAAACAAACAAACAAACAAAGAUGAAAAACAAAACCCUUUGAAACAUUUUUCCAUCUGAAAACCAAAAACCUUGUUUCUUUUCCUCCAGCAAGCACACAACGUCCUUCUUUCAGCUCUGAACUACUGUUAAGUCAAAUAUGUGCAUAAAGAGGUACCAAAAAAAAAAAUGUUUCUCCUUCAAAAUGUAUCCCUUUUUCUAGCAUCACGUUGGGGCUGAAACACGAACCCCGAGAUGGUAUGAAGUAGAGUUUUGGAAGAAAAAUCCAAGCAGGUUCAGAAUAGUGAAGGAAAAGCUGACCUCGGUUCUUGCAUUGUAAUUCAAACUAAAUUGCUCAUUUGACGAAGAAAAAAAAAAAAAUCUGAAUCCAGUGACGAGCUCUAAGAAAAAGUAGUUCCUGUAGUUUAUCCAAGUUUCUGGAAUUGAUUUGUAGAAAUUCCCCCAAAUGAACGAGCGAAUAAUACGCCGUUGCAUACGGAGCGGAGGAGUUCAGCGAAUUAACAUUAUCACAUGUGAAACUUUUGGACGUAGCGAGAUGAAGAAAUGUCAGCGCUCACCCAGGUAGAUACUCGAGCUACGUGCAGUUACAGCAUACAAACAUGGAGGACACGGACUCCAACUCCCAGCAAACACUUUCCUGCUUAAACUCUCGUAAGUAGUUGGUAUAUUGAUACAUUCAGAGGAGGCUUUGUGUUCUGGUGUGUAUCGAUAAGUUCAGGAGUCUGUGACAUGUUUCAGACUCUCCAUCGAGCAACUCCAAGGCUCCACCAACAUCCAGGCUAUAGAUGAAGGACCUUUUAGGGACGGGAGGAGUGCACUGAGCAGUCAUGUGACAGGAAGUAAAAAUGGUCCAUGGGUGUCAAUGAAAGCGUGAGUGCUGUGGAUGUCUCGUCAUUCUGAGCCAUUGCCAUAGAUGAAGGACCUAUUAGGGAUGAGAUGAUCAUGAGAUCCCACAAAACCUCCCCAUGGUUGAAGUUCAUGUCCUCCAUAACUAUGGAGCUGACGCUGGAGCUGGUCUACCUGACUGAGAGCUGACAUGGAGCUACAUUAAAGACCAGUGUGAGAAAUAAUGUUCAGAAUUGAAGCCAUGUUGGCCUUUAGGGAAUGUCCUGAAGCUCCGCCCACUUCCGAAAGGCGAUCAGGAAACUGCACGAUUUGGCCUUUUGUGUAAAAACUGUAUCUGCGGAAGGAACUAUGUACAAAUAGAGGUUCUAUACACACACACACACACACACACACACACACACACACACUAACUUUUAUAUACACAAGCCUAUUAAAAUGGUAAUUCUCUUCACAUAUUGCACAAUAAAAUCUCUGCAUCUAGAACAAAGAUCACACCUACAAAAUUCCAAUCCUCCAGUAAAUUAUGGACUGAGCUGUAGAUCAUCAGGUUGCUACGGGUUAAUUCCAUUUCGUUUCAUCGUUCUUUUCAGCUUUUCCUGACACUGAGACAAAUGUAAAUGAUAUUAAAUAAAAAAGAUACAUUGCAGAGCGAAAUAUAUUCAAACACCCAACCUUUCCACCCACAUGUGGUUCUUCAUCAAAACUUUUCCAAAAAAGUCAGAGGAACAGAGUUGUAUCGGACGUCUUUGGAUGCGGUGGCAAGAAAUUUCCCCUUCACUUGAACGAGGAGGCCCAAACCUGUUCCAGCAUGACAAUUUAAACCCUGUGCACAAAGCCAGCUCCAUGAGGAUCUGCUUUCCAUGAGUUGGAAGUGUGUGGAAGAUCAUCUGCUGUAGAUCUAUAAACCCUAUUGAGAUGAAUGUGAACGCUGAUUGCACACCCAAAAUCGAGUGGGACAUUUUCCCAAAAGAGUGGAGCUUAUUGUAACAGAAAUGUGGAAUGGGAUGUUCAAAAAAGAACAUAGCAAACGUAUCGUUGGGUGUCGACAAAGUUAUUGGCAUAAAAUGUAUCUUUUUUUUACGGUGUUUUGUUAUAGUUCCCGCAAUAAAAUAAAACAGAUAACAAAAAAAGAACAAACACACAAAAAUAUAUGUUUUGUGAACACCCCCCACCACACACACGCACACGCACACACAGACAUAACAAUACAACAGACCACAAACAUAAAUACAAUGUUUUGUGAGAGCUUCAAGUUUUAGUUCUAUAAAGCAAAAAACAAACAUGUAUUUUUGUACACAAGCAAAUACACAGAGACUAAACAAACAAACAAAAACCUCUGUAUAUGGCAUGGAAUGGCUUUUUGUUAAAGUCCCCACAAAACAAACAAAAAAAUUAAAAGAUAAUAACUUCCGUUUUUGUUAUUGUUCAAACCCCAUCCCCAAACAAACAAACAAACAAACAAACAAACAAACAAAAACAAUCAUAAUAUGUCUUGUAGUGCUCCAGUUCUCUAACAUUUAUAUGCAAAAACGAAGAAAUAAGUGAACAAAUAAGGGUUGUGGUGUUGUUCUUGAAGGUUCUAUCACAAACAGGAACAAACCAACCAAACAAUCAAAUAAGCAAACAACCAUUCAAACAAACAAUCGAAUAAUCAAACAAACAAACAAUUAAUUAACAAACCAAAAACACUUACCCAUAACCAACCAAACGAAUAGCCAAUCAACCACACAAACAAACAAACAAACAACUAUUUAACCAAACAAAUAUACAAAGAACCACCAACAAACAAACCAACAACUGACCAAGCAAACAAACAGCCAACCAAAAAAAAAACCAAAUAGCCAACUAUAGAAUCAAGCAACCAAACAACUAAACAAACAAACAACUAAACAAAUAAUAAACAAUAAACAGCUGAUCAAACAAUUAACCAAUUAAAAAUUAAUCAAGCAAAUAAAUAACCAAUUAACUAACAAACCAAACAAACAAAUAACCAACUAACUAAAUAAACAAACAACAAAUAAUUAUGACACAAAUAGCCAAGCAACUAAACAAAUAAACAAAAAUUAAAUGUCUCAUGAUUUUUGUUUCAAAAGAAAAGCGAAAAAAUCUUUGAUCAUUGUUGUUGUUGGUGUAAAAAUAAACAAUCAAUAACACAAACAAACAAACAAACAAACAAACAAACAAACAGUGAGUGUUUGUUUGUUUGGAGGGAUUUUUGUUAGCUCCGUGUGAACGAGCUAACAAAACUAAAUGAACGAACAGGCUGAAAACCAAACAACCAAAAACAACCCAAAGCUAAUUUCGUUUAUGAAGCUUUUUUUUGUUUAUAGUUCCAUAUGAAGCCAUCCAACAAACAAACAAACAAAAACAGCUUGUGAGUUUUUUUUUGUUCUAGCAUUAUAAAGUUUAUACAUAAAAGAAAACAAAUAAAAAAACAAACAAAUGUGAGAGGUUUUUGUAUAGUCGUCUCCCUAAACAAAGACCAAAAACAAGAACAAACAGACAAACAAAUACUACUUUUAUAUGUCUUGGGGCAGAUUGUAGUUAGUGUUGCAAAACAAAGCAAACAAAUGACCGAACAAAGAAACAAACAAAAUGGUUUUGUGAGCGCUUUUGGCUUUAGUCCCCGUCCUGCUUCCAUCAUCUGAAAAAUCUUUAAAAAAAUUCCCACAAACAAACAAAACACAAACCCUGCUGCAUUUCUCCUGAAUAGAACAAUCUACACGGUUUGGCCAAAAGUAUUGGGACACCCACCAUUCCAGCCUUAUAUGGUUCUUCCCUCAAAAUCGUCCAGGACGUCUUUGGAUGCCUGAAAUUUUGCCUUCACUUAAACUAGGAGACCCUGUUCCAGUGAAACAAUGCAAACCCUGUGCACAAAACCAGCUCCAUGAAGAUCUGCUUUCAAUGGGUCUGUGUGGAAAAUUUGAGCUAUAAACCAUGAGAUGAAUCUAAACGCUGACAGAACCCCAGGCCUCCUUACUUCAUCUCACCUCCAUCAGUACCUAACUUUACCAACACCCUCGUCUCAGAAUGAGCAUAGAUCUCGACAAAAUCUAGAGGAACAUCUUCCCAGAAGAGUGGAGGCUAUAAGAGCAGGGAAUGGAGACUCAUUGUGGAAUGAGAUGUUCAAAAAAAAGCACAUAGCAAUCUUAUGGUCAGGUGUCCACAAACUUUUGGCCAUGCAGUGUAAGUGAGGAAGAUCUUUCCAUCCGUUUGUGGACAGAAUCGCGUGAAACGUUAUUGCAUCAGAAGCUGAGAAUGUGGAUGAAAGGAGAAAGAAGUGACAGACAGAGGAAUUUAUUGUCUAGGGUUCCCUUUGGCUGUACGUAUAAACAUGGCUACUUCUGAACAUCAUUCACACACACACACACACACACACACACACACACACACACACACACACACAUACAAACCACCAUCACCACCACAGACAUCUAAAAAAAGGUGACCUCUGGGUUCCGUAGUGGACUCUCUGAGACAGCCAAUCAGAGUGCACUGAGCAGUCAUGUGACAGGAAGUAAAAAUGGUCCCUGGGCGUCAGUAAAAGCGUGAGUGUUGUGGACGUCUCGUUGUCCCAGGAGACAGGAAGGAGGGAGAAAAGGGA